GCGCAGGACGCAGGCGCGCAGUCAGAAAACACGAGACUCAAGCUGAGGGGCGCUGUUCUGGUUUGAGGUGUGGAUCUGAGGCAGGAUGGAGGCACUGAAGAUGGAAAAGUUCACGACUGCCGACCGAGGAAAUGGGCUGCGCGCUGUGGCUUCACUGCGCCCCGGGGAGCUGCUCUUCCGCUCCGACCCCUUGGCUUAUACUGUGUGCAAGGGGAGUCGUGGCGUCGUCUGUGAUCGCUGCCUCCUGGGGAAGGAAAAGCUGAUGCGGUGUUCUCAAUGCCGAAUUGCCAAGUACUGCAGUGCCAAGUGUCAGAAAAAGGCCUGGCCAGACCACAGGCGGGAAUGCAAGUGUCUUAAAAGCUGCAAACCCAGAUAUCCGCCGGACUCCGUGAGACUUCUGGGCAGGGUUAUCGUCAAGCUGAUGGAAGAAAAACCCUCAGAGUCUGAGAAACUUUAUUCAUUUUAUGAUCUGGAGUCCAAUAUUAGCAAACUCACUGAAGAUAAAAAAGAGGGCCUGAGGCAACUUGCAAUGACAUUUCAACAUUUCAUGAGAGAAGAAAUACAGGAUGCUUCUCAGCUGCCGCCUUCUUUUGACCUUUUUGAAGCCUUUGCAAAAGUGAUCUGCAACUCGUUCACCAUCUGCAAUGCAGAGAUGCAGGAGGUCGGCGUUGGCCUGUACCCCAGUAUGUCUUUGCUGAAUCACAGCUGUGACCCCAACUGCUCGAUUGUGUUCAAUGGGCCCCACCUCUUACUUCGUGCAGUUCGAGAAAUUGAGGCAGGAGAGGAGCUCACCAUCUGCUACCUGGACAUGCUGAUGACCAGUGAGGAACGCCAGAAGCAGCUGAGGGACCAGUACUGCUUUGAGUGUGACUGCAUCCGAUGCCAAACACAGGACAAGGAUGCAGAUAUGCUAACGGGUGACGAGCAAGUAUGGAAGGAGGUUCAAGAAUCGCUGAAAAAAAUCGAAGAGCUGAAGGCGCACUGGAAGUGGGAGCAGGUUCUGGCGCUGUGCCAGGCGAUUAUAACCAGCAACUCCAACCGGCUUCCUGACAUCAACAUCUACCAGCUGAAGGUGCUAGACUGUGCCAUGGAUGCCUGCAUCAACCUGGGGAUGCUGGAGGAGGCGCUGUUCUAUGCCAUGCGCACCAUGGAGCCGUACCGGAUUUUUUUUCCCGGAAGCCAUCCCGUCAGAGGUGUGCAAGUGAUGAAAGUUGGCAAGCUGCAGCUCCAUCAAGGCAUGUUUCCCCAAGCCAUGAAGAAUCUCAGGCUGGCCUUUGACAUUAUGAAAGUGACCCAUGGCCGAGAACACAGCCUGAUUGAAGAUUUGAUUCUUCUCCUGGAAGAAUGUGAUGCCAACAUAAGAGCCUCCUAAGGACACUCAAAAGGACAGGGGAGGUGGCGCACCCUUUAUUGAACGCCUUACCGAGGUCACACACUCUGUGAUGUUGGCUGUGUGGACCUCCUGUAGAAGUCACAAUGUUUCUGUGGGUAAAUGUGUCUCUAUGGCAUGUCAUAAGAAGUCUUACUUGUGGUAGAGCGAAACCAUUAUAAUAAAUACAAAAGAUGAGUCCAAAAUGCCACUGGCAACUUGGCUUUGCCUACUCAUGGGUGGUUUUGACGGUUAAGAUGUCAGCGUUGGAAACAGGAACUUACCAAAAGAAGAAUGGAAUGCCAGGCAGCACUUGAGAGUUGGAGGCAGGUGGAUCUCCAUGAGUUCAGGGCCAGUUUGGUUCUCACAGUGAAUUCCACGACAGCCAUGGCCAUGUAGAGAGACCCUGUCUCAGAAAUAGAACAAAAAUAGAGUAAGUUCAAAUGUCCUCUGUGCAUAUAUAUAGAAGUAAAUGGGUAAAGUAAUCAUUUUCACAUAUACUUCUAAGCACAAGUGUAUGUCAAGGAGAUUUGUAUUAGUGUACUUUUAUUGACAUGUCUUAAUUGUACUUAUUAAUGUGGUUCGCUGUGAUAUUUCAAUAUCUGAACACACGUACAUAGUGCACACCUAUCACUGAGCAAAUCUGGCCUCUGUUUGUCUUUCUGCCUCCAUGGUUCACUAUUUCUCACAGCUGCCCCCAUCCUGACUUUUACACAUGAGGGGACUUGUCUCUGUCCCUGUCAAUUUCCCUUUGUAUAAUUUCCUCCAGUUCUGUGCAUCCUGCUGCAGCUGACAGAGCUUCACUCUUCUUUAUAGCUGAGCAAUAUCUCAUUAUUUAUAUGUACUUUAUACAAAUUGGUGAGCACCUAGGGUAAUUGCAGCCUUGGCUAUUAUGUGAAUGACUUCACAGUAGACAUGUCAGGCAAGUGUGUUUGGGGUUCACAGUUUCCCUUUGACACACACCUCAAAGUGGGAUGGCUCGAUCCCAUGGUGGCACUAUUUUCACUUAGCUGAACCUCUAUACUGUCCUUUGGCUUUAGGUUCCCAGCAGCAGUGUAUGAGAGACCCCGUUUUCUAUGUCCAUGCCAACAUUUGUUAUGAGUUUUACUUGCUUUGCUGUUGGCUUUAAUUGCAUUUUAACUGGCUUACAUGGUAUUUCAUUGUAGUUUCAAUUCCCCUGAUGGUAUUGAUUGUGCCUCAUGUUUUUGUAGCUGUUCAGAGCAGUUGCUCACUUUGUAAUCAGAUUCUUGUUUUUUGAAUACCUUAUAUAUUAUAAAUAUACUAUGUAUUAUAGAUAUGAAUCCUUCAUUGGAAGGAUAGUUGGCAAACAAUACUCUAGUUCUGGAGAUUGUCUUCAACUCUGUUGUUUUGUGUGCUGUAUAGAACUUCAGUGUAAUUGUUUGUCUUCGGUUCUGAUCCCUUUGCUUCUAUAAUCAUGUAAAGCCAUUACGUAUUCUGGCAUCUAUGGUACUCCAUUGCCCCUACUGACAUGUUUUCAUGCAUGUUCCCAGUUCAGAUCUUGCAUCUCUUUGAUCCAUUGUGAGCUGAGAUCUGUCCAUCGUGAAAAGGUUCAGUUUCUGUCUCUUGCAUGUGGGUGUCUACUUUCCCUGCAUACUUUGUUGAAGAAGCCAGCGACAGAGCCUGCAUGGUUAGGCACCUUUGUCAAGAAGGAGCUGGUUCUAGGUGCACGAGCUUACGUUUGUGCUUUCUGUUCAGUCCCACAAGUCCCUUGAUCUAUGAUCAUGCUGUUUCUGCUAACAUGGCUCUAUAGUAUGUCUUGAAAUGAGGUGCCAUGUUGCCUCUGGCCUCAUGGGUUUUGCUCAAGAUGAUUUUGUCUGUUCUGAGUCUUUUGUGAAGAAGCACAAUUUUGAAAUGUUGUCUUUAUUCCUCUGCAAUGAAUAACUACAUGUGUUAUUUCUUCCUGAAUACCUCUCCAACACAGGAAUCAUCAUCUUAAAUCCUAGGACUAGGCCAUUUCAGACAUUACUAGAAAAUAGAACAAGUCUCACACAAAAGGAAAAGGAUGCUAAAGUUAGCUCUUUGUAUAAAUCUUUGUCAUACUUAUAAAGCUUUGUGUGUGUCUUAAAAUUUUCUUAACCUUUUUUCUUCUGUAAUUGCUCGAAUCUGUGCUUUGGUGUGCUGUUGGGCAGAGCACAAAGCUCUAUUGCCCUAUAGUAAACUCUGUUCACAUCUUCA